GUAUGCACUGGCGAUACUCUGGAAAAACCCAAUUCGAAUGAGCGAGAGUCGGUCUUCAUAUCUCUCCAUAAAUACAGUCAACAGUCGUGUAGUCAACAGUCUUGUACACAGUCGUGUCUCAAAAUUAUACAGCCAAUAUAUCGUUAAAUAUCGUCUCACCGACGGGUAUCUGUCCUCAUUUAUUUUCAUCUACUAUAGAAGGGUCUAUUUGCUACAUAUUUUUUGUAAAGUUUAUUGAAAAAGUCUAUUCCUACAGUUGUUAAUAUUAAAAACACAUAUAAUAUCUCCAUUUCCCUAUAACUAAUUUACACAGCUAUACUGAAUUGAAAUGGCUGCGAUUCCGAUGAGGUCAAUCUUCAUUCACUUUUUGGCUUUAUUUGCCGUUUGUCGUAAUUGCCAAUCAGAGAAUCCUGGCGGUUGUUCUUCUUGGACGAAACUACAAAUCUCACCGGAUACUUUAAGUUCUAUGAAGUAUGGGAACUUUCUCAUUGAAAUUUAUGAACAUGUUAACAAUCACAAGGCCACGACAACUGACAGCCAGAAAAAAAUAUUUCUACUCUCCCAUUGCGCUAUUGGAUCACAAAAGUGCCAUUAGCACAUACAAUAGGGUAACGAAACAAUCGGAGAUGAGAUUCCGUGUGGAAAUGUGGAACGACAAAGUCGAAAAUGAAGUUGUCAGACAUUUAAACAAAAUCGCCAGUCAAGAAAUACAAUCCGAUAACGUGAGAGUCUUACCUUUCGAAAAGGUCAUUCUCGUCAGCAAAAGACCCACAGCAGAUUAUUCGAUAUCGCCGGAGUGGACGAAUUAUGACAAGACAAAAACCCUGUGGUUUCACCUGUCUUGUUAUGACCGGGAAGUCUGUGACGAACUGGCAGAUGAAAUGCGAUCUGAUCCAAAACAUUUUUACCACUUUAAUGUCCUCUACAGUUUGUCAUCGCAGAAGUCGCAAACCAAACAGACGACCAUCACCAUCGACAGUGUCACUUCCGGUCAAAUGGUCACUACUCUUUUACAGAAAUUCAGAGACAAAAACGAAUUUUUCCUGACGGCCAACGACGAGAAGAAAAUGUUGAUGGAAACGGCCACCAACAUCCGAAUGGACACAUUCGAUGACUCGGAGGUCGUGACUCCGGAGACGGAAUUUCAAAUUUAUAAUAUUUUAAAGGAUUUGUUAGUCACUUCUAGGACGACCAUAAAAGAGCAAAGCGACAAGACGUGGGACUCUGUUUUCUGGAAUGAGGACAAUUACCGACCGGACAAAACGACGAAAACUUUGAAUGGAAUCAUUAAAAAACUGGACCCGGAAACUCAAAAGAAACUGGCGGAUUUGUUUCAAAAAGCGGAGGGGCAAUCAGAAAUGGUAGAAAAAACACAAGAAGCGGAUAAGGAACAAUACACCGCCCAGAAAUGGAACCUUAUUGCAAAGAAUAAUUCGAAUGCUGAACAAAAUAGAAACUUAGAAAAGAAGGAGAUUAUCCAACAUAAUUACGACUCAAGUAGUUGGGUUUACGUGGACAGAAUAAGUUUACAAAUUUCAAAGAAAAUAGCAAACGAUUCCGACAGUUCUCGCCAGGUAGAAGUUUUGAAAGACGACGUGUUAAUGUUAUUACAAGGAAGUAGAGACCAUGUCCAAUGGGAUGGAGAGAAAUUCGUACCAAAACCCCUGCAACUGAGCAGAAUCAAUUUGGGCAAAUUUCGCGACUCUCAAUCCUUUCAGGAUCGCAAUGUCCGUGUCCGUUACACGAACGCUGAAUUGUCGGCGCCCCUUAAAUUUGUGGAACAUGCAGAAUUGACUGUCAUUAACGAAUGGGACAAUUUGAAGGAAGAACUCAAAGCCACUACUGAGCUCUUAAACACAACCGUGAACAACUUGUUAAAAACAAAUAUCGAAUUAAAAGUCGCUGAAGAAAAUCUAAAAAAAGAUUUGAGAGCAACUUUAAGUCAUUUGGAAACCACAAAAACUAAUUUGGCCUCAACGAGAACGGAAUUGGGCAGUACGAAGUCUGCCGUUGCGGAUUUAGCGACCAAAUUAAAUGCCCGAACGAGUGAAUUAGUUGACAUCGGUCAAAUGCCAACCUCCUGUGCAGAUCUGCAGCAAAUGGGACAAAAAGUCAACGGAUUCUUUUUGGUGAAAGGAUCGAAGAAGAUAGAAAUGGUUUACUGCAACUUUUAUCCUAAUAAAAAUAGGGAUAAAAACGAUUUGCAGAAAUGGAUCGGAAAUGCCGACGUCAAAUCAGCGUCCGUCCAUUUCUACGUUCAGAGAAAUUCUUCAUUCGACACACUCAACACCCCCAUUCCGUUCGAGUUGAUCCGAGUGAACGAGGGAAAUGCCUUUAAUUUGACGUCAGGGAUAUUCACGGCACCACGACCGGGGACUUAUUUCUUCUCGUUCACCGGACUGGCCAAGUUUCCAAAUUCAUCUUCAUCACAAAAUCGUGUUUUUUUAGGAGUUUAUCUUUACCUAAACGGGGGUCGAAUCGGGUUGAGUUGGGUUAAAGAGGGAAACACAGUAGACGAUCAAGACGAACAAGUCACUCUCCAGUCAAUGCUGAACUUGAAAAAAGGCGAUCGAGUCUGGGUGGCGAUUGUUUAUGUAACACCCGGAGUGAAAUUGUAUGACAACAAUAACCACAACAUCCAUUUUACAGGUUUCCUGUUGGAGGAGGAAAUUGUCGCGUCACUUUGAGUGUUAAUGAUCCGGAAUGCGCAAUAUGUCACGAAAAUUAAUUUACUGAUAAGAUUGUAAAAGGAUAUAAUUAAUAGGGGUGCGCUAAUUUCUCUACAAAAAUUUGACUGUGUAUGCAAAUAGAUUUAUUGAAUACAGAAAUAUUUUAUGUGAAAAA